CCGGGUGGCUUCGUCUUCUACCUGAAUGCAACUGCUGCUCUCCGAUGGCAGAGUUCCAGAGCAGAGCUCUCGCCGUUCAUUUUCAUUUCAUAUUCAUCCAAUAUGAAAGUGUUUUUCGAUUCUCCCUGCUUUGCUGUUAGUUAAAACGUGUUUUUCGAAAUGGCUCGUUUCGGGAAUUUCAAGGUCAUGAAUAAUGCUGGUGAUAUUCUCUUUGAUGUUUUAUCUCGGUUGCCAACGAAAACUCUUCUUGAAAUGAGAUUUGUAUCUAAGGCGUGGCAUCGACUUAUUUUAGACCGAUCGUUUGUACAAGCUCAAUUUCAGAAGUGUGGAUUGGCAUUAUCAGGUUUCAUGUUUCAGGAGAAAUACCGAAAGUGUCCUAUUGAUAUAAGCACUUUCACCUAUAUGCCCAUAGAUGCAGAUUCUAAGGUGCAGAAAAUGGUGUUUGGUUUCUUGCCUGAGGAUGUUGUUAUUUUACAAUCCUGUAAUGGCCUGGUUUGUUGUAGGAGUUGCUUCCGUACACAACACUCCACAACACACUCCACAACAAUCUACGUCUGCAAUCCCUUGUUUAAGAAGUGGGUGAGUUUUGAAGUGGCUCAGCUGGACAGUUUCAGCAGCAUUGCUCUAGCAUUUGAUCCCAUACUGGACCCCGUAAAUACUGCAACAAAUUUCAAAGUAGUUAGAAUACAGCAGUUGGAGAAUGAGCAAGAGGAAAUGUACUACACAUUUGAAAUAUACUCUUCAGAAACAGGGACCUGGAAGGAAUCAAGUGAAGUUUGCUAUUCAGAUGGCAAUUUAUUGAAGAACAAUGGCACUUAUGCUAAAGGGGUCUUACAUUGGCUUACUGAUACCGAUCAAAUCCUUGCAUUUGAUACAGAGAAAGAACUCUCUCUGUUGGUGCCAUCUCCAAUUCCUGCCUUGGAAAUGUUCAUCGACGCUCCUGGAACAUGCAUUGGGGAAUCCAAGGGCUUACUGCAUUUCAUCAUGAUCUGUGAAGAUGGAAUCAUCGUGUGGUGUCUGGAUGACUAUUUUGAGGCAAAAUGGACGCUCAAACAUUCAAAACAGCUCCAAAUGAUUGAGGACGAGAACCCGAAUAUGUUUUUCAAGUUAUACAAGAUCAUGCAAAGGAAAAGGCUUCCAGGCAUGGAGCCAUAUAUGGAUCCGUGGGCAUUUAAAGAUGAGGUUUUAUUGAUGAGGGUGUUUUCAACCGUCUAUUUCUACCACAUAGAAACAGGGAAGGUGGUGGAAGUCUGUAACGUUGCCAGUUUGGGUCCAAACGCUUUUGUCAGUCCUCCCGUAAUUCCUUACUCGUUGAGCUUGAUUCCAUUGGACGUUUCUCUCUCACGAUCUGAUCCAAACAACACAAACCCCAAUGAGAACUAGUAAUCCUCUAAUGGAUUCCCUUUUGGAGGACCAUCUAUUUUAGUCUCUGGUUUUGUAAAUGGUUUUGAUAGGGGAUAGAGUACAUAGCAAAUGAGCUUUUCGCUCAUUUGAUUGGAAUACAAUGGGGGUAGAAUUUUGGAUAUAAACAAAGUCUAGGAUGCAAACCACUUUUUAUAGUUAGAGCAGCAAUGUGGCUUGAAAUGAGAUUUGCGUCCUUGUGAUAUUUGUAUUGCGUCCUUGUGAUAUUUGUAUAAGGAAUGUGGUGGAUGAUGGAUUGUUACAUUAGAAGAUUUCCCAAUUGCCCUUUCAACAAUGCCUUUUAACUUAUUUCA